CACCGGGGGAGGACAGUCUGGCAUCGGGAUCCUCGUACAGAGCGAGCGAGACCCGGUCUACCUUGAGCAGCGCGUGGACGCGUUCUUGCGUGAGAUGUCGGAGAAGAUCGAGGCCAUGCCCGAGGCCGAGUUUCUCGAACACAAGACCGCCCUGCAGAAGCAAUGGCGAGAGGCCCCGAAGAACCUCAACGAGGAGAUGAACCGGUUCUGGAUUCAGAUCGAGUGGGGUUACCUCGACUUCCAUCGACGGGACAUUGAGGCUGAAUUGAUUGAGAGCAUAACCAAGGAGGAAGUGCUCGCCCUCUAUCGCUCUCAUGUGGACCCCUCGUCGCCAGAGCGGGCAAAGGUCUCGGUGCACCUCAAGUCCCAGAAACCCCGGCCGGCGAAGAUCAGCGUAGCUGCCAUGGAGGCCUUCGCGCAGAAGGCCUCUGGAAAGGGUUACUCUGUGGACGAGCAGGCAUGGCGGGAUGCGCUCGCUGCAGAUGGCGAUGCUGCGCUGGACAAAUUUGGGAAGUACUGGCGCGAUACGCUUCUGGCACAGACAGCGACUGUCCCUCCCACGGUUGCCCAGGAGCUCACUGCAGAGAUUCCAGCGCUGCUCGAACAGUACCCCGCUGCUGACUCGGAAGAGAAGGUCGUGCCAGACGAGCGGGCGGUAUUCAUCCAGGAUCCCAAGGCGUUCCGCGCGUCGCUCCCUGUGACUGAGAAGCCACGGCCGUUGGUUGAGUGGAAUGAUCUUCCUACGUCCAAGUUUUGAUUAUGUACCGUACAAUAGCUGUAUGGCGGUAUUCUGUAUCUAUAGGACCCUUUCAUUGUCUUCGUUGUUCCAAGGAGUAGCGUUUGUGGUUCAGAGUCGCAAGCAAUCAAUGUCAGAG